AUGGCAGAAUCUUCUGAGGAGUCAACUGAGGUGCGCUUUAAGUCGUUCAUACGUGUGCCCGAAGGGUUCUUCGAUGUAAUCGGUGUCGCACGGUAUGUCCCAACGAAAAAUAUAAAACGGCUCCGAUUCGUACUGUUCUGGAGCAGCUUCGGCAACACCGCGGUGUGCGUCGUACUCGAGAUGAUCUACUUUGUGCUGGCAGCUAGGAGCGGUUUAGCCAAUUUUCUGCAGCUAACGGCACUAGCCUCGUGCACCGGAUUCUCCGCCCUCUCGGUGGCGAAAAUCAUGACGAUCAAGCUACAUGAAACAAAGCUGAAGGAGAUGUUACGUGAGCUGGAAUUGCUGUUUCCCGGGACAGCCAUGCUACAGGACCAUUACGGUGUCCACCGGUACUACCGCGAGGGACAACUUGUGAUGAAAUCGUUCAGCGUUCUCUACAUGAUACUGAUCUGGAUCUUCAACCUCAUGCCACUGGUGUCGAUGGUGAUCGGUUACCGUACGGAGCGUGUGUGGCAUAAGGAGCUACCGUACUUUAUGUGGUACUGGUACGAUUGGCAUCAGGCCGGCUAUUUCGAGAUCACCUUUGUACAGCAAAACUGGGGCGGAUUCGUGUCGGCCGUCUAUAACCUUUCUACCGAUCUCAUGUACUGUGCCUUCAUUCUGCUGUUUUGCAUUCAAUUCGACAUCGUAGCCCAACGGUUGCGCCAUGCCCGGCCAGAUGAUCGCGCCGGACUGGUCGAAACCGUUCGUAUCCACCAGAAGGUGAUCGAGCUGUGUAAUCAGCUCGAGCGCAUCUUUUCGCCCUCGCUCUUGGUCAACUUUAUGCUCAGCUCGGUCAUUAUCUGCCUGGUCGGAUUUCAGGCGACUGCCGGCGUUCAACCGAUUGAUCUGUUCAAGUUCAUCCUCUUCUUGAUAUCCUCGCUGGUGCAGGUAUUCCUGCUGUGUUACUAUGGCAAUAAGCUCAUCGUGGCGAGUGACCAGAUCUCGUAUAGUGCCUUCGAGGGCCACUGGAUCAACGCUUCGAGCUCGUACCAGAAAUCGCUGCUGCUGGUCAUGGUGCGCUCGCUCAAACCGCAGAAACUAACCGCCCUAAAGUUUUCCGUCAUUUCCUUGGCCAGCUUCUCAAAGAUCCUUAGUACGUCCUUCUCGUACUUUACGCUGCUGAAAGCGAUCUAUGAACCAUAG